AUGAACAUCGCCUUUGUAGGCUGCGGAUUUGUUGCCGCUUACUACGGCGACACGCUGCCAAACCAUCCCGAGUUGCGGCCUCUGGCCGCAUUCGAUAUCUCUCCCUCCCGCGCGUCGGCCUUUUCAAAGCGAUAUAAUAUCCCCAUCGCUGCCUCUUACCAGGCCAUUCUCGACAACCCUGACAUAGACCUCGUUGUCAACCUCACACCACCUGCUUCCCACGUCGAAGUCUCCCGUGCCGCCCUACUCGCUGGUAAACAUGUCUAUUCCGAAAAGCCGCUCUCGCUGGAGCCUGCCGGCGCGAAGGAGUUGAUCGCCCUCGCCGCGAAGCAAAAUCGCCUGCUCGCGGUCGCGCCGUGCAACUUCCUCGGUGGGUCGAUGCAGACUCUCGCCCACCUUGUCCGCGAAAACGUCGUCGGCACCCCGCGAGUUGUCUACGCCGAGAUCGACGACGGCCCAAUACACCAGCUGCCAUACAGCACCUGGAUAAGCAGCGCCGGCGUGCCUUGGCCGGCGGAGACUGAGUUUCGCGUCGGCUGCGUCUGGGAACAUGCUGCAUAUGAGGUGGGAUUUCUGACCAGCGUCUUCGGCCCGGCGGCGAGCGUCACGUCCUUCUCCCACACUCUUGUCACCGAAAAGAUGAAGAAAAUCGCGCCGCAAGACCUUGGCCCCGACUUCUGCGUCGCCCUCAUCCCAUUCCGCAGCGGCGUCGUCGCCCGACUGACUAUCGGCACAGUCGCCCGGCGCAACCGCUCAAUGACCAUCACCGGCGACAAAGGCAUCCUCCACGUACCGGAAAUAUGGGACUACGAAGCGCCGAUCCAAUUCACACUCUCAAGAGGCUCGACGACCAACCCAGCCUCGCCGCUGCUGCUCGUCACGCCGCAGACCACCCCCGAGCGCGCAGCAGAUAGCCCCGGCAUGCCGACGCCGAUGCCGGAGCGAGGGAUUCAAGUCGACACGCCGGCGGAUGCGCCGCGGCAGUAUCCAAAGGCAUACCGCAUGGACAUGUGCCUCGGUCUCGCCGAGCUCGCUACCGCCAUCCGCGAGAAGCGCCGCCCGCGCAUGGCGGCGGACCAUGCGUUCCACGUAUAUGAAAUUCUCCAAGCGCUGCAUGACUCCGUCGCCGCGCCCGGGCAUCGCGAGAUUACGUCGGACUUUUCGCCGAUCGACCCAAUGCCCCCGCUGCAAACGGCUGCGUCGGACUGUACAAUCUCGUGGUAG